UCCAAUGGAAGUUGUUCUGCUAUUGUUCGAAGGUUUCUAGAUAAGGUUGUUAAUUCUAUGAGUUGACCAGAAGCUGUGACUGAUUGGCUAAAAACGGCAUUUCCUGCAACACAAUGAUAAGGAAGAAGGAAAUGCAUUUCUUGACAGUAGCCUCACCUGCUCAUCCCCUAAAAGGUGUGGAGGCCUUGGGUGGAUCUGCUAUAUAUAUAAGGAGGGCCACAUGGACAAACACAGCAUCAUUACCUCCAGAUCUCAAGGAGCACCUGAACCACCACUACACAGAGAUGCUUCUCUCUGUCCUUCUUAUCCUGGGCCUCACCCUGGGGCCCAGCCAUUCCAAACCUACAGGGGAAAGUCUAGGCAGUCCUUUUCUUCAGCAAUGCUUUGAAGAAGCAAAGAAAAUAGUAGAUGAUGCAUACAAAUACUCCAGAGAAGAGAGCCUCAGACGAGUCCGCAAGGAGGUGGUGCAGCCUCAUGAUGCUCUUCGUCUCCUGAAGCAGCCCCGUGGUGACACUCGUUCAGCAGUGCGUUCUGCCGACUACAUGGCACAGACUCUCCGUUUGGUCCAGGAGAAAGUGCAUCAUGUGCACAAGCGCUCCCUCAAUGCAACAGAUUUGCUCACUGACCAAGACUUGAUAGAACUUGCAAGGAUAACUGGAUGUGAAGCCCGAAUCAGGAAUCCACCUUGUCACAACACAGCAAAUAUCAACAAGUAUCGUACAGCCACCAGCGUCUGCAACAACCUAAAAAACACUCGCCUUGGAGCCGCCAACACCCCAUUCACCCGCUGGCUGCCCUCUCAGUACGACGAUGACAUCUCCCAACCGAAAGGAUGGAACAGAAACCGUCGAUUCAAUAACUUCUUGCUUCCACUGGUGCGACAGGUGUCCAACAACAUCCUAAGCACAACAGAUGCAGGAGUCGUCAAUGACACGGAGUACUCUCACAUGGUGACCCUGUUUGGCCAGUGGAACGAUCAUGACCUCACCUUCACACCGUUCUCACCCAGCAUCCGCUCCUUUAGCAACGGGCUGAACUGUGAUGAGAGUUGCGAGCACAGUGAACCAUGCAUCCCUAUCCCGAUCCCUCCAGGAGACCCCCGCAUCCCCUCCCGCCCAGACACUUGCAUCCCGGCCUUUAGAUCCGCCCCUGCCUGUGGAACAGGUUACUCUGCAUUUAAUUUUGGUGGAGAAUCCAGCAAGAGGGAGCAGAUCAAUGCGCUGACGGCCUUUCUGGAUCUGGGGCAGGUGUAUGGCUCUGAUGAAAAGCUGGCUCUUAACCUUCGCAACCUCACCAGUGAUGCUGGCCUGCUUCGGGUUAACACCGAAUUCAAAGACAACGGCCGCGAGCUGCUGCCCUUCCACUCCCUCCAGGUUCAAAUGUGUGCCACUCGCAGAAGAAUCACCAAUGAUACAAACGCCAGGGAGGUACCCUGUUUUAUUGCAGGUGAUGGCCGUGUGGACGAGAACAUCGCCCUAACAUCCAUCCACACCCUGUUCAUGCGUGAACACAACCGUUUGGCUCGCCAGCUGAAGAGGCUGAACCCACACUGGGACAGUGAGACACUCUACCAAGAGGCCCGCAAGAUCAUGGGUGCUUACACCCAGCUGUUUGUCUUUAGGGACUAUCUGCCUCACAUCGUGGGUCCUGCUGCAAUGCGCCAAAAGCUUGGACGUUACCCUGGCUACAACCCUAAUGUUGACCCCAGCAUUUCUAAUGUGUUUGCGACAGCAGCUUACCGUUUCGCUCACCUGGCAAUCCAGCCAUUUUUGUUCCGACUAGAUGCAAACUACAGAGAGCACCCUCGGUUCCCCAGUGUCCCCUUGUUCAAGGCUUUCUUCACCCCAUGGAGAGUGAUCUUUGAAGGUGGAGUCGACCCUUUGCUGCGUGGUCUGUUAGGUGGUCCUGCUAAGCUGGCCACCCAGAACCACAUGAUGGUGGAUGCUCUGAGGGAGAGGUUGUUCCAGUUUGUCAUGCACCUGGCUCUGGACCUGGGUUCUCUGAACAUGCAGAGGGGUCGGGAUCAUGGCCUGCCUGGCUAUAAUGCAUGGCGCAGGUUCUGUGGUUUGUCCCAGCCCCGCAACCAGGCUGAGCUGGCUCAGGUUUUGGGGAAUGCUGAACUGGCUCGUAAGAUGCUGCAGCUCUACGGGACGCCUGAAAACAUUGAUGUGUGGCUUGGAGGCGUUUCAGAGCCAUUUGUGCCCGGCGGCCGUGUGGGGCCUCUGUUUGCCUGUCUCAUUGCAACUCAGUUCCAGAGGAUUCGCGAAGGUGACAGGUUGUGGUGGCAGAACCCCGGUGUUUUUACAGUAAAGCAAAGGCAGGCUUUGUCUGCUGUUACGCUCUCCAGAGUCAUCUGUGACAACACGGGCAUCACAGCUGUGCCUCCUGAUGCCUUCAGCCUCAUCUCAAACAGGAACCGUGUAGUACAGUGCUCCACUCUGCGUCGUCUGGACCUGUCAGCAUGGAGAGAGAGACCCUGUGGCUUUGGAUCUCCUGCUGGUUGUUUAAAGUUUAGUGACGGAGAGGAUAUAACCCAGACAGAUGAACUGAACAAUCUGGACCCUCAGGAUCUCCAUGACCCGUUAGACCCUGUGGACCCUGUAGACCUUCAGGGUCCUCUGGAUCUCCAGGAGCCUCUCAAUCUGCAGGAUCCCAUGGAACAAGAGACCAAUGAGAUCCUGUAAGAUCAUACAGCCUCAGAGGCCUCUCCAGUUCCACCAAUAUUUAAACAUCAGUGCCAUACAGCUGCAGUCUGUUUUCUUGGCCUAUCUGCAAAUACAGCCGUUCCCCAGAGAGAUUCUGUUUCUGUCAAACAACAAACAGAACCAACACAGCACUCUGACAAGCCUGUUUUUGUUCCUUAGCCAUUGGCUCAAUACUUCUUCCAUCGGACCAGAAAGUUGGGACUACAAUGAACAUUUUUAAGCUGGGCUUUAGCGUCUUCUUUUCAGGACGUUUGUUCUUCACUGUGGGACACAAACACACCUUCUCCAGACUGAACUGUCAGCUUCAAAAACACCAGUGACCUCUGGGCUUUAAACUCUGUUUACAUCAGUUCGCUUCUGCAGCAGAUGACCAGAUAAAGACAGAUUAUCCAACUAUAUUCUCAACUUAAUGUUUACUGUAAGAAUAUGGCAUUUUUUUGUUAGUUUUAGCUUAUUAAGCAUAGGUUUUAAUUGAACAAAUCUGUUUCAUUCUGUUACAACUUACAGUCUACUGUAUUUAACCAUAAUUCAACAUAAGGCCAAUUUGGAUGGGAACAAUCAGUAUGAAAUUAGGAAUAUUAAAAAUUGUACUUUAUAAAUGUUAUAAGUUAUGCUUUGUCUGCCAGUAUUUUUGUUAUGCUACAACUUUGUGUUAUAUUGAAUAUUGCAUUCAAUAAAGCAAUUGAGCAAUCACUGUA